AUGUCUCAACCCACGACGGCAACCGAUCCCAUGGAUCCCAAACCCAAGAACGCAAACAAGAUCAGAAAGCGUGCUCCCAAGGCUUGCCUGUCAUGCCGAGCGCGGAAGGUCAGGUGCGACGUGUCACAGCGAGGUCGGCCUUGCAUGAACUGCUAUCUUGACAACGAGACCUGUGUCGUGACUGGCAGAGCAUCUAGAUUCCGGCGAUCGCAACGAGAGAAUGGCGAGAAUGUCCAGGCGUCAUACCCGCCUUACGCAGCAGACAAUUGCAACCACACCCACACGGCCGAGGCCGUCGUCAAAUCCAGAGCAAAUGUCCAGGUCAUGCCUGAAGCGCAGGCUGCUCCGCAACCACCUGCUGCCAACUCUCCAGAGAAAGCUCCUGAAACGACAGAAGCACCUCCAGCGCCCAAGCCACAGGUCAACACCAGCACUCCGGCGCCGGCUCUAGUUCAGACUCAACCCCAGGCCUCGAAUGCGCUGCCAAACCCGCCUCAUCCGGCCGCCAAUCUCUCCCUUUCCAGUUUCUCGAACGAUCUACCGGAGUCGUCGCUCUCGCACUGGGCUCCCUUCGAGCAGAAGCUCAAUAUGAGCUCUGAUAUCACCUACUCUUACUAUCCUUUCCUCCACAUCAGCAACCUCCCUAAUAUCCCUCCUCAGGAUGUCAACUACCUUGAGCUACAAGGCUGCCUUCGCGUGCCUACCAGGGCAAUCCUAGAUGAGUUCGUACAACAGUACUUCCUCCAUGUGCAUCCUCUCUUGCCAAUCUUCAAUGAGGGGGAUUUCUGGGAGCUCUACUGCAACCAAGGACUCGGAAAUGAGCGGAUGUCAUUGCUUGUCUUCCAGUCUAUCCUCUUUGCAACUUGCAACUUUGUCUCACGUAACAGCAUCCAAGCCCUGGGCUUCUCGACCAUUCGAGCCGCUCGAGCAGCACUCUACCGACGCGCCAAGCUCUUGUACGACCUCGAAACUGAGUCUUCGCCUGUCGCAAUAUCCCAGGCUUCGCUUCUUCUGAGCUUCUGGUCUCCGAACCGCGGCCCAAGAAACCCGAACUCCGCAUGGCUGACCACCGCCAUCCAGAUGGCAAAGGGUGCCGAAGCGCAUCACUAUGCCAACUUCUCUCCGGGAAAGCCGGCCAGCACGCUGAAGCGCCUUUGGUGGUGCUGCAUCAUCCGGGACCGUGUCCUGGGUCUCGGGGUGCGCCGCAGCAUCCAGAUCACGCGGCAACACUUUGACUUUGAUGCCAACUCGCCCCUCGGCUACGCGGACCUGUCGGACGAGAUCGAGCGAUCGAGAGUGUACAACCCCGGGACAAAGAGGAGUCUCAUCGAGAUAUUGGUGCAAUUCCUCGAGCUCUGCGUCGUGCUGACCGACAUCCUCAUCCUCGUCUUCCCCCUGGACGACACCCCGGGCUGGGGCCGGGAGCUUGCCGCGGAGGAUGCUGGCAAGGUGAAGCAGUGCAAGAUCGAGCUGAGGCGGUGGUACAAGGGAGCAACGCUCAAGUUCCCCAUGUUUGGCGGAAGCGGAGUCGCGCGGGCGCCCGCUGGGGGCAAGGAGUACCACCACGACUCGGUGAUCCUGUACACCAACCUGAUGUACAUGUACUAUCACUCGUCCCGAGUCGCCCUCUGCCACCACGAAGUCCUUCAUAUGGCCGUGGCUUCUGCUGCUGCUGGGCUUGGCACCAGCGGUGCGCGAGAUAUCUCGACAAUCUACGAGAACCGGUACGAGCUGCAGGAUGCCUCCUCGGGCGUGACGGAGUGCCUCAAAGAGCUCAUCCAGCUCCGGCUGGCCAGGUGGCUGCCCAUCAGCGCUGUUGCAUGCACCGCUCUGCCCCUGGUGUUGCACAUCCUAGACGUCAAGCUGUCCACCCCGGCCAGCCAAGGCGACAACCAAGACCCGAACAACAGCUCGGCCCUCAAGCAGCACCGCCUCAACAUCCUCAUCGAGGCCAUGAAGACGUACCAGCCGCAGUACGACGGCGUGGACUGGGUCAGCGAGACCAUCCGGCACAUCAUCAACCUGGCGCAGCUGGACAACGCGCCCGCCCCCGCCAACGGCGGCACGAGCGCCAUCUCGGACUGGACCGACAUCCUGGCCUCGCACCCGAGCUGCUACCUGCGCCUGGCCCUGACGAUGGACCUGGCGCUCAGCAAGAACCGCAUGCCCGAGGAGCGCGACUUCCCCGCCAGCCUGCGCGGCCUCUUCACCAACGGCUUUAGCCCGCUCCGCAUCCUGCAGGGGCAGAACAAGCCCAAGGCCGGUCCCGCCGCAAGCCACGGCCAGACCACAGCCCGCGCCGCGGCGGCGGCGGCGGCGGCGGCAGCUUCUGCCACAUCCGCAAGCAUGGGCAUGUCCGGCGGCGGGUCGGGCACGAUCACGCCCAUCAACAUGAUGAGCAACGGCUUCGGGAUGGCGCACGAGCAGCCGCUCUUCGGCAUGCAGAUGGAGAUGGACAUCCCGCUCGGCAUGGGCACCGUCACGCAGCUGCCCUCGGACGAGGAGACGUCGCCCGAGUCGGCGCACCACGCCGAGAACACGUUGUCCCCUGCAGCCGGCGCUCCCGUCGGCGGCCUGGCGUCGUCGUCGUCGUCGGCGUCGGCGGCGGCACCACCACAGGUCGCGCCGCCGGGGCACGACGACCACCACCACCACCACAACGGCGGCGGCGGCGUGCAGGCGAUGCCGGCGGCGCCCUUCUCGGAGGAGAUGGACGGGUUCGAGGCGCACGUGCUCAACGCGUUCGCCUUCCAGGACGACUCGCCGCCCAGCUCGGGCAGCGACGUCGACGGCGUGUUUGGCGUGGACGACGACGAGUGGAUCCAGGAUGCGUGGCAGCGCGAGGACGAGCACCACAUGCACGUCUUUGGCGGCCACCGGGUCGAGACGCAGCAGCAGCGGGGCGAUCAUGAGACGGCGAGGGCGUUGCUCGACGCCAUCAAGGAUAACGAGGUCAUGGUUUAG